UACAUGUAAUAAAAGGUAAACAAUAUUCAAUUUGAUAUAUCUUUGAAUAAAUGGAUAGACGUGCUGCAACAAAUCCUAGAAAUUCUUGCCCACAAACUCAAUCAACUCUCUCUUCUUACCAGAGAGAAAAAAAAUAAAACAAAACUCAACUCUCACUCUCUCUCCACCUCUCUCUCUCUCUAGAACACGCGCAGAGUCAAACAAUGUCCGAAUCCGGCGAACACAUCUUGGUAUUCCCUUACCCAGCGCAAGGGCACAUGAUACCCCUCCUAGACUUCACACACCAGAUCGCCGCCCGCGGCCUCACCAUAACAAUCCUGGUGACCCCAAAGAACCUCCCUCAGCUCAAACCCCUCCUCUCCGCCCACCCCACCUCCAUCACCCCCCUCGUCCUCCCUUUUCCGGCCCACCCCGCCGUCCCCGCCGGCGUCGAAAACACCGUCGAACUCCCCCCCGGCGGAUUCCGCUCUAUGAUGUGCGCCUUGGCCGGUCUCCACGACCCCAUCCUCCGCUGGUUCCGGGACCACCCCUCGCCGCCCGUCGCCAUAGUUUCCGACAUGUUCCUCGGAUGGACCGACGAGCUCGCCCGCCAGCUCAGCAUCCGCCGCUACGCAUUUUUCCCCUCCGGCGCCUUCGCCAUUUCCUACGUCUUCUCCUUGUGGCUUGAAUUGCCGCAGAGGAAAAACCCCGACGACGAGAACGAAACGGUGUCGUUUCCUGAGAUUCCGAAUUCCCCAGUUUACCCCUGGUGGCAGGUGUCCCCAGUCUACCGCAGCUACAUAAAGGGAGACCCAAAUUCGGAAUUUAUCAGAGAUGCCUUCCUCGGUAAUAUGAAAAGUCACGGGUUGUUGUUCAACUCGUUCGACCGGGUCGAAAAAGUUUAUUUGGAUUAUUUGGUUAAGAAAUUGGGCCACGACCGGGUUUGGUCGAUCGGGCCCGUAUUGUCACCUCCCACAAUCGGGCCCACCGAGCGCGGCGGGUCCAGCUCGGUCCUCCCGAGCGAGAUUGUUUCGUGGCUCGACACGUGUCAAGACGAUACUGUAGUGUACGUGUGCUUUGGAAGCCAGGCCGUGUUGACCAACCGGCAAAUGAUGGAGUUGACUUUAGGUUUGGAGAAAAGUGGGGUCAAAUUCAUUUUGUCGGUGAAGGGUGCAACCAAAGGGCACGACGAGGAGAAUCACGGCUCGAUUCCGCUCGGCUUCGAGGACCGCGUGGCGGGGAGGGGGCUCGUGAUCAAGGGGUGGGCCCCGCAAGUGACGAUACUCCAGCACAGAGCGAUAUGCGCGUUCCUGACGCACUGCGGGUGGAAUUCGACUCUGGAGAGUAUCAUGGCGGGAGUGCCGAUGCUGACGUGGCCGAUGGGUGCCGAUCAGUUUCUGAAUGCGACUUUGCUGGUCGAUCAAUUGGACAUUGCGGUACGAGUGUGCGAAGGGGAUGAGUCGGCGCUGGAUUCCGAUGAUUUGGUGAAGUUUCUAGAAGAAACUCGGGGCGAAAAGUGGGCGGAGAAGAAAGCUCGUGCGAAGGCAUUGAGUAAGGCUGCAUUUGAUGCUAUGAGUGAAGGUGGGAGUUCAUUCAACAAUUUGGAAGGUUUUGUAAGGAGUUUAUAGUGUCAAAAAAUUUGCAACAACUUGAGGUGAAUCUAGACAAGUUAUGUAACGUUAACUUGGAUGUAUCUUUGAAUUUGUUAAUGUAUUGUUGUAUUGGUAAACUAAAUAAAUGAUUUUUUUUUAUUUUCUA